AUAAGGCCUAAAUGCUAAGGGUUCUGAAAUCUACUUUGGAAUUUAGAGAAGACUUGAAGACUUGGCUCUGAGCCAGACUGGGAAGUGGGUCAAUGUGCUUUUGUGCCUCAAUGUCCUCUCUGGGCCAGCAGGUGGGAAACCAGCCCUCCCAGCAUGCAGCAGCUGUUCAGUUGUCCCCUUAUCUCCAGUCUGGGGCCAGAAGGAGAAGAAAUCAGCGUUGUCCCCAAUCGAUCGCUGGAUGCCCGGCUCUCCCCAGUUAUCCUCGGUGUCCAGGGAGGAAGCAAGUGUCUGUCCUGUGGGAUGGAACAGGAGCCAACUCUGAAACUAGAGCCUGUGAACAUCAUGGAGCUCUACCUCGAUGCCAAGGAGUCCAAGAGCUUCACCUUCUACCGGCGGGACAUGGGGCUUACCUCCAGCUUUGAGUCAGCUGCUUAUCCAGGCUGGUUCCUCUGCACUGUGCCUGAAGCAGACCAGCCUGUCAGGCUCGCCCAGAUCCCUGAUAAUGCUGCCGGCGAUGCCCCCAUCAUGGACUUCUACUUCCAGCAGUGUGACUAAGAUAACCCUCCCUCCAUAACCCCACCUCUGCCCACAACUCCUUGGGCAGGGCCAGCUGGAACAGGAGUGGGGCUGGAGGAGAGAAAUGAUGAGUGAGCCCCCUCUCUGUGCUCAGGCCCCCCACCUCUGACUUCCUAGCCUUGCUCUCAUUUCCUGAUCCUGAAUGUGUGGGCAAGUUCUUCCAAGAUUUGGGGCUCUGUACAGUUUUCUUGUCUGUUGAGUGGUGCUAUUGAUGUGGAAGGGUCUUUAUGCUCAACAGCAACAGGCCCAAUGCCCUUGAACCCCACUCGAGUCUCACAAGGCUUCCCACUCACCAUAUAUAGCUCUGCUGUUCCACACCACACAGAGAGAGGGGGUCAUGGGGUUACUGAGUCAGGGUCCACAUCCUGUCCGCCUUCCCAUUCAUCCUACCAGCACCUGCUGCCUUCUCCAUCAUCCUCUAACGACAGGCAAGAAAGGGCAGUGGUGUCCAGGUAAAUUCUGCAAUUUAGAAGGUAGACGAUGGACAGGUGCUAAUGCCUGUGCUCAUGGGCAAAUGCUUAUGACACAGUGAGAUGAGUUAUAACAUAACGCAUCUUAUAACCUCAUUUUAAUAUUUAAAAAUGCCUGUGCAUUUCUGAUUGAAAAAAUCUGAAAGAUUUAUGCCAGUUGUGGCAAUAUCCGGUUGGUGGCAAGAUAGGUGACAUUUCUCUUGUUCUUAUUUAUUCAUAUUUCCCUAUUUUGGUACAACAAGGAGGGAGCCUUUAUAUAAUGUUAAGAAAUGUCAUUAAUCCGGCAAUCAGAGCUCCAUCAUUGCUGAGUCAUCUUUAAGCUGCUACUUUCCCGAAAUGAGAUGCAAAUGAAAUUGAGUUCUACUGUUCGGGCAGCAAGAGCAAGGAGCAGGAAAGAGAUCUCCCACAAAACCCCCAAAGAGGAGAACGUGGUGGGCAUGUAUGAAUGGACUCUCUUGGGUAGAGAAUUUACAAGAAACCAAAGUCCUGUGCUUUAGCCUUGGAAUGGUCACAGACUCUCAACUUCCAAGAUUUGGAGUCCAGCCAGCAAGAGGGUUGUUGUGCUGCAUGAAUUAUGCCUCCCUAGUCACGUUCUUCUCAGAACUUCAUGCUGUGGCCUUAUUUGGGAACAUGAUCUUUGGAGCUGCAAUUCAUUAAGCCUGAGUCGCACAGGAGUGGAGUGGACCUAAACUUCAGACGAUGGAUGUGCUUGGAAGAAGAGGAGACACAGAGAGGAAAAGAUGUGACAACAGAGGCAGAGAUGGUAGUGGUGCUGCCACAAGUUGAGAAGUACGAAGGAUCGGAGCAGCCACCAGAAGCCAAGGAGGAGAGAAGGGAGGCUGCUCUCUUGGGGUCUUCAGAGAGGGCGUGGCCAGCUCGACCCUGGAUUUUGGAGUCGUGGUCUCCUGAAUUGUGAGAGAAUAAAUUUCUGUUGUGGUAAAGCCACCACGUCUGUGGUGAUUGGCUCAGAAGUCCUGGGAAGGGAGCUUGGCUGUGGCUGACCCCUUUCUCCAGGUGCUC